AUGCCCGCGAUAACGAUCGUCGGCGCGGGCGUCUUCGGCCUCUCCAUCGCGCACUCUCUUCCGCUCGCGUACGACAUCACCAUCGUUGCGCGCGACAUGCCUGGAGACCCGGAUUCGCUGGAGUGGGCCAGCCCUUGGGCCGGGGCAGGUUACGGUGCAGGCGGAACGAAAGAUCCGGUCGAAAAGGAAAUAUACAAGGCGAGCUUUAGGUGGUUCUGGGAUAUAUCAGCCAGAUUUCCGGAGUCGACGGUCAGGAGGAUACGAUCUCAACUCUUCCGGGACAACACCAGCACCGACGAUGACCUCUGGUGGAAAGGCUACCUUCCCGACUACCGUAUCAUGGACCCGUCCGAGCUUCCGCCCGACUCGAACGCCAAGAUUGCGAUCGAACAUUCGUCCAUCGUCUUGACCCCACCUGCAUACAUCCAGUGGCUCUACGAUCGACUCGUUGCCCGCGGCGUGCGUUUUGUUCGUGGCACUGUGUCAUCCAUCGCGGAGGUCCAGAGCGGGACGUUUGGCCCCGAGCCGGACGUGAUCGUGAACGCGACCGGCGUUGGCGCGAAGACGCUCGGCGGCGUGAUGGAUGGGGAUGUCGAGCCCAUCCGAGGGCAAACUAUGCUCAUUCGCGACAAAACCGGCAAGAUCGAUACCAUGGUUCUCAGAAGUGGUAUCGACUACUGCUAUGUCAUUCCUCGGCUCGAUGGCACGGUUGUUCUAGGCGGGAUCAAAGACAACGGCGACACGAGCCCCGAGGUCAAGCCGGAGCAAAAGGCAGACAUCGCGAAGCGCUGCCACCAGCUGAACCCGCUCGUUCCCGACGACUGGACACAGAUGGAGAUCGUGCGCGAUAUCGUUGGAAUACGUCCCGGGCGAAAGACUGGGCUGCGCGUCGAGUCCGAGCUUAUCGAUGGUGCCAAGGCGGCGCAGGCGGAGGGUACGCACUGA